CAGUCGCGGUGAUUCGUAAACUUAUUGCUUAAGUAUUAAGUAGUAAGUUUCCAUCAAAUUUUCUUAAGUCUAAAUUCUUAGCAUUAAUUAUUUUGUAUUAUUGUUUAUUAUUAUCCAAGAGUAUGCUUAAUUUUCAUACGUUUUAAAUAAUUUUAAGUUAUCCAAAUUAUGGCUUUUUCAAGUGAUGAAUUGAAUUUCCUUGUUUAUCGAUACCUACAAGAAUCUGGGUUUCAACAUUCGGCAUAUACGUUUGGCAUUGAAUCACACAUUUCUCAGUCCAAUAUCAAUGGAGCUUUAGUUCCUCCAGCUGCUUUGAUUAGUAUCAUUCAAAAGGGUUUGCAUUAUACCGAAGCUGAGAUAUGUGUUGGAGAAGACGGAUCAGAACAGCGUCUGACAGAGAGUUUGUCUUUGAUCGAUGCAGUGAUGCCAGAAAUUGUAGCCAGUCGACAAAGCCAAAACCAACAAAAACAAAGUGUAGUCAAAAACGAUUCACAAGAAACCAAUGGUGAAGAAGGUAUAGCAACAGUGACUCCAUCUGUUACCAGCACCGAAACAAUGGAACUAGAUAGCAGUAUUGAAAUACCGGCUGAAAAAUCAACUAUACUCAAGGGUCAUGAAUCAGAAGUUUUUAUUUGUGCAUGGAAUCCAACCACUGAUUUGCUUGCUUCUGGAUCUGGAGAUAGUACAGCACGUAUUUGGGAUAUGGCUGACAGUUCUGGUUCUCCUUCUCAACUUAUAUUGAGACACUGUAUUCAAAAAGGAGGAACUGAAGUACCCAGUAAUAAAGAUGUUACUUCUCUUGAUUGGAAUUGUGAUGGAACAUUAUUAGCCACUGGUUCAUAUGAUGGUUAUGCUCGAAUUUGGAUGACAAAUGGUAGAAUAUCAAGCACUCUUGGUCAACAUAAGGGUCCAAUAUUUGCCUUAAAAUGGAAUAAAAGAGGAAAUUAUAUACUCAGUGCUGGAGUUGAUAAGACUACUAUUAUUUGGGAUGCUGCUUCAGGCCAGUGUAACCAGCAAUUUGCAUUCCAUACAGCACCAGCAUUAGAUGUAGAUUGGCAAUCAAACAGUAGUUUUGCAUCAUGUAGUACUGAUCAAUGUAUACAUGUUUGUCGUUUAGGCCUCGAUCGACCAGUAAAAUCAUUCCAAGGACAUACAAAUGAAGUUAAUGCUAUUAAAUGGGAUCCUCAAGGAAAUCUAUUAGCCUCAUGUUCGGAUGACAUGACUUUGAAAAUAUGGUCUAUGAAACAAGAUAAUUGUGUGCAUGAUUUACAAGCACAUAACAAAGAAAUAUACACAAUCAAAUGGAGUCCAACAGGUCCAGGAACAGCCAAUCCAAACAUGAAUUUAAUACUUGCUAGUGCAUCAUUUGAUUCAACUGUACGUUUGUGGGAUGUUGAGCGAGGUGCAUGCAUACAUACUCUAACCAAACAUACGGAACCUGUCUAUAGUGUAGCCUUUUCACCUGAUGGAAAGUUUUUGGCAUCUGGCAGUUUUGACAAAUGUGUUCACAUAUGGUCAACACAAAGUGGUCAAUUAGUUCAUAGUUAUAAAGGAACAGGUGGUAUAUUUGAAGUUUGCUGGAAUUCUAGGGGUGAUAAAGUCGGAGCUAGUGCAUCUGAUGGAAGUGUAUUUGUAUUGGAUCUACGAAAACUCUAAUUCUUUGAACAUUAUUUGUUUUUACUUGAGUUUUCCCUAUUUUGGAUACCGAUUUCCAAUUGUUUUUAAACAAGUAGAUAUUUUCACUACAGUUUUUAUAACUAUAUAAUUAUGGUGUUGUAUCAAAGAAAAAACAUUUAAACUAU